AUCAGAACGAGUGAACACACACAGACAACAUGAGCACACAACUCCUCUGAUGAGACAUGAUGACAAUCACACUGGAAACAAGAGAGAGAGAGAGAGAGAGAGAGAGAGAGAGACAGAAACUUCCUCUUUCAGAUACUGGUAAAGUCAAGGCAGGGCUGAAGGACGACAGAAGCGUGUCUGUCUCAUCAUCAUCAUCAUCAUCAUCAUCACAGAAGCAGGUAUGCUGGUGAUCAGGGUUCUGCUGUGUGUGUCGCUGGUCUGUUCUGAGAUCAGUCUGUCUGAUGAUCAGUGGAUGGCCUGGAAAUCUCAACACAACAAGGCCUACAGAAACUCAAGAGAGGAGCGUCACAGGAGAGGCGUCUGGGAGCAGAAUCUUCUGGAUAUCAUGAAACAUAACGAGGAGACGGCCGUCGGUCUGCACUCGUACACACUGGGACUGAACCAGCUCAGCGACAUGACUGCAGAUGAGGUCAAUCAGUGGAAUGGUUUACUGGAGGAAGAUGUUCUCGGGGUCAACAUGACGUUCCCUCCUCCAUCACAGCAUCCUCUUCCUCCGCGGGUCGACUGGACGGAGCACGGGAUGGUCAGCCCCGUCCAGAACCAGGGCCCGUGUGGCUCGUGCUGGGCGUUCAGUGCCGUCGGUGCUCUGGAGGGUCAGAUGAAGAGGAGAACCGGUUCUCUGGUCCCCUUGAGUCCGCAGAACCUGAUGGACUGCAGUGUGAGUCUGGGGAACCGCGGCUGCAGAGGAGGAUAUCUGAGCCGAGCCUUUCUCUACGUCAUCCAGAACCACGGCAUCGACUCCAACACCUUCUACCCGUAUGAACACAAGCAGGGUACGUGUCGAUACUCUGUGACGGGAAGAGCUGGAUAUUGCUCAGGUUUCCGGAUUCUUCCACGUCACAAUGAGGCGGCGCUGCAGUAUGCCGUUGCUAACAUUGGACCCGUGUCCGUCGGUAUCAACGCCAAACUUGCUUCCUUCCACAAAUACAGAAGUGGAAUCUACAGCGAUCCGAAGUGCAGCUCUUUGCUGAUCAAUCAUGCGGUUCUAGUUGUGGGAUACGGCUCAGAAAAUGGACAAGACUACUGGCUGGUGAAAAACAGCUGGGGAACGGCGUGGGGUGAAAACGGCUUCAUCCGCAUGGCACGAAAUAAAAACAUGUGUGGGAUAUCCAGCUUUUCCAUUUACCCCACCAUCUCAUCGCCCGCACCUGAGCUUCCUGUCUGAGACACUGGAGACGUCUUUAGUUUCUCAAACUCACAAAAGCAAAGAACGUUCGUUUAAGAUGUGAACUGUGAUUGAUCUCAUUGGAAAUAAAGUUGAUACUGCUUUAAUUUAGAAAUUAGGGGGAAGAGAAUUCUCAAUAAAAAAUUUUUUUUUAAUGUUAAUAUAAUUAAUUUAAACAUUGAAAUUAGAGAUCCGUUGUAUUUUUUAUUUAGCAAAAAAGAGAACACCA